CCACAAUUUUGCUUACCAGAAAUUCUCAAGUUCGCCAACGACCGUCAAGACUCGACUCGCAAAAAUGCCCAAGGCCGCCCCUGGAAAAGUUGCCACCAAGCACAAAUUCGUUGUUGACUACUCCAAGCCUGCGGCUGACGGAGUUUUCGACGGUGCCGAUUUCGAAAAGUUCUUGCAUGACCGUAUAAAGGUCGAGGGCAAGGCUGGUCAGCUCGGUGAAAACGUUAAGAUCACCAGAGAUGGCAACACCAAAAUCACCGUGACCUCCAACAUCCCAUUCUCGAAACGGUACCUCAAGUACCUCACUAAGAAGUUCUUGAAAAAGAACAGCUUGAGAGACUGGAUUCGUGUUGUUGCAUCCUCGAAGGACAACUACCAGCUACGCUUCUACAACAUCCACACUGGCGAUGAUGAGGAAGACGAGGAGUAGACACUGAAAUUCUUCGUUGUAUUUCUGCUUGUCUGGUGGCCACGUACUCUAUCUACCACGCUUUGUCUUUCGUCAAUAAAACAUUUAAAGCGCCUAAUCCGCAGACUUUGAGUAUCGUAACUGGUCGAAAGAAAAUGCUAAUAAAUUACACAACUAUGGAGAUAGACACUUCAUUCUCGUCUUCUACCUUGACUUUACCCAGGACCGAUAGCGCCAUCUCAUUCCAAAGAAUCUGGCUCUCAUUGAGCACCUUACCUCGCAACUGUUGUGAUAAGACGGCAGCUAAUUGCGUCCGCAGAUGUUUGAGGGCAAUAUUGGUCUUGGGUGCGACGCGGAAUUUGAUUUUUCGAUCGAUAGAAAACGUAUCUGAAAUGAGCUGUGCGGGCGAAUUACAGUCAGCCCUAACAUCUAUCAACACGUCUGGAUUCAUCACCUUUGCUUCGGAUUCUCCGCAUA